AUGGCCAAGAGCGACAUUUUGUCCCUACGCUCCGGCUCCUAUGCCCUGCUACCCACCGGCGAUCAAGACACGCCGGUCCGUGGGGUGGCCAGCCAGGCCGAGUCGCGGAUCCGCGCUGUCAGCGUUGUGGGCUCGCAGCGCCAGGAUGCUUUUCGGAUGACGUCCGUGGCCAGCGGUCCGGUGGAUGUGGAGAAGCCGUGGGGCUUGGAGAUGCUCGACCAGGACUUCCUGGACAGCCCAGCAAUGCAGGGAGCGACCAUCUGCCUCAUCAUGAUGAAUGCGAUCAUCAUUGGCCUAGAGACAGACUUCCCCGAGAAGUUCGCAUGGGACAUCGUAGAAAACAUCUUCCUUGUUUUCUUCACCAUCGAACUGGCAAUUCGAAUCUAUUGCCUGGGGGUGUUCAAGUUCUUCAACUUCCGCAACAAUCCAGACAUUGCUUGGAACCUGUUCGACUUCAUGCUGGUAUCCAUGGGGGUUCUGAGCUUGGGCUUGCACUUUGUCGCGGGAUCCACAGAUAUUCUGGCCAGGAACGCAACCCUGUUCCGCAUCAUCCGCUUGUUGAGAAUACUCCGGGUGUUGCGAAUCAUCCGCAUUGUGCGUUUCCUGAAGCAGCUCUAUCUGCUCGCCUAUGGCUUCAUUGAGGGUACCAUGGCGGUCCUCUGGGUGACCAUCCUGGCUUCCUUCAUGCUGUACAUUUGUGCAGUCAUCCUCGUCCGAGCAUAUGGCCGGAACACCCCGGAAGAUGACCCUUACCAUGACUUCUUCGCCGCGCACUUCGGCAGUAUACCAAUGACCAUGUUCGCGUUGUUCGAGCUCAUUACAGCUCCCGACCUGGCGCCUUACCGCGAAGCGAUGUUUGCAAAUCCUCCCCUGGUGGUUUUCCUUGUGGUUUUCAUCAUCUUGGGCAGCUUUGGCAUCAAUGGCCUCCUGGUGGCCCUCAUCAAUGAGAGCAUCCUGGAGAAGAACCAGGCGCGCAUCGAAGCUGACCGAAUGGACCGCGAGACGAAGCGCAAGACGAUGCAGCAGCGCUGCGGGGAGCUCUUCGACGAGCUGGACGUGAACAACAACCGGGUCCUGCCUCGAGAUGAGAUCAAGCAGUGCACGGACCAGAUUGCAGAACUGCUGGAAAGCUAUGGCGUGAACUUUCAGCGGCCAGAUCUGGACCAAAUGUUUUAUGUCAUGGACUACAGUGACACAGGCAUCAUCGAGCGGUCCGAGUUCAUUCAGGGUGUGGUUGGCCUGUGCGACCAGAUCCGCCCCAUGUCCAUUAUGGAGCUCCACUACCAGGUCUCCAAGACCUGCGGCAAAGUGGACCUUACGGAGUUGAAGGUGGAUGGCUUGGCGAAGACGGUCGAAGGCUAUGAAGCCAAGAUUGACAGCGUGGAGUCCUCUCUGAGGAGGCUCACGGACCACAUGCCGAAGCCUUCGGAGGGCCAAAGGGCCAACUCCAGGCGAACGUCGCAUGACUUGGACACCAUCCAGUCUGUGACCUUCCACCAGGACGCGAUACCAGAAUGGGACGGCGAGGGCGACGCCGACGACAUCUGGAGCACCCAAGAGAACGGGGAGCCAUCGGAUCGGUCCAUGGAAGCCAAAGCGCAGAGUCCGGGCAGCGACUGUGCUGGGUGCAACGUUGCUGAAGACAACGUGGCGGCGAACUUGGUUGAAGCGGGCAAAGAAGCAGGCCAUGGGCUGCAUGCCAUGCUGGCCGGCCACAGCCAGCUACUGACGGAGGUGCUCGAAGCUGUGCAGGCAUUUAGGCAGCAGCCUGCGGACAAGCCAGCCCGGACAAAGGCAUCGGGCUUGGCCAAUGCAAUCCUGCAGCUCCAGCGUGCCAAUGUCGAUGUGCUGAGCGCUCUUCUCGAUGCCGGCUCAGAGGAGCUAAUGUCUGAGCCUGAGCCAGCUUCAAAGAAGCAACAGCUCGAUGGCCCAUUUUGA